AUGUCGGUCGGCGUGGCGUCUCUUGUAUCGUACGGAACUGAUUCAGACUCGGAUAAUGAUGCCGAGACGAAUAUAAAACCAGAAAAGACAGACCCAGACGCAAUCGCUCAUCUUCUUCCUCUAAGUUCUGGAAAAAAGACUUCAUUAACGGUCCUAAAUUCAGCUCCAGAGGUCGCAGUAAAGGAAGAUGUGAUGACCGGAACUCACCUGGACCCCUCGCUAAAGGAGGUCACCUUCAAUCCAACAUACGAGACCAUGUUUGCCCCAGAGUUUGGCCCGGUCAACCCAUUCAAAACCCAGCAGAUGGCAGCUCCCAGAAACAUGCUGUCGGGGUACGCUGAGGCAGCUCAUGUCAACGACUUUAUGUUUGAACAGCAGCGGCGGACGUUUUCUACCUUCGGCUACGCGCUCGAUCCGUCCGUGGACACCAGCCAGGUCUCCUCCAACAGCUACAUCGGAGCGGUCGAUGAGGCCGAAAAGAACAAAGGACUGACCGUCUUCGAGGCCGGCGCAAAGAAAUCGGAGAAGAGGAAAAAGCUGAAAGGGGGCGACGCUUCCGAAAUCGACAGCUUCCUGGGACCCUGGGCCAAGUACGUGGACGAGAAGGAGGUGGCCAAGCCCUCGGAAGAGGAGCAGAAGGAGCUGGACGAGAUCACCGCCAAACGGCAGAAGAAAGGGAAGAACGAGGAAGACGCCCCGGCGGAGGAGAAGACCGUCCUCCACGUCAAGGACAUGUACGACUACCAGGGCCGGUCGUACCUGCACAUCCCGCAGGACGUGGGGAUGAACCUGCGCACCGCCGACAUCCCGGACAAGUGCUACCUGCCCAAAAAACAGCUGCACGUCUGGUCCGGGCACACCAAGGGCGUCAGUGCCAUACGUCUGUUUCCUGUUUCUGGCCACCUGCUGCUGUCCUCUUCCAUGGACUGCAAAAUCAAGUUGUGGGAGGUGUAUAAAGAUCGAAGGUGCAUACGGACGUUUAUCGGACACAGUAAGGCCGUGCGGGACAUCUGUUUUAAUAACACUGGAACUCAGUUCCUCAGCGCCGCCUAUGACCGCUACCUGAAGCUGUGGGACACGGAGACAGGGAAGUGCAUCUCUCGAUUCACCAAUAGGAAGGUGCCGUACUGCGUCAAGUUCAACCCGGACGAGGACAAGCAGAGCCUGUUUGUGGCGGGGAUGUCCGAUAAGAAGAUCGUCCAGUGGGACGUCCGGACCGGGGAGGUGGUCCAGGAGUACGACAGACAUCUGGGGGCCGUCAACACCAUCACCUUCGUGGACGAAAACAGACGCUUCGUCAGCACGUCCGACGACAAGAGUCUGCGAGUUUGGGAAUGGGACAUUCCUGUGGACUUCAAGUACAUCGCCGAGCCCAGUAUGCACUCCAUGCCCGCUGUGACCCUGUCACCAAACGGGAAGUGGCUGGCCUGCCAGUCCAUGGAUAACCAGAUCCUGAUCUUCGGGGCGCAGAACCGCUUCCGGCUCAACAAGAAGAAGAUCUUCAAGGGCCACAUGGUUGCCGGCUACGCCUGCCAGGUGGACUUCUCCCCCGACAUGAGCUACGUGGUGUCGGGCGACGCGGACGGGAAGCUGAACAUCUGGGACUGGAAGACCACCAAGCUGUACCACCGCAUCAAGGCCCACGACAAGGUGUGCAUCAGCGCCCUGUGGCACCCGCACGAGACCUCCAAGGUCAUCACCUGCGGCUGGGACGGACAGAUCAAGCUGUGGGACUAGACUCCGCCUCCUCCUCCUUCUGCGCCUCCUGCACCUCCUCCUGCGCCUCCUCCCCUCCUCCCCGCGCUCCGGACUCGCAGAAAGAAAGCUCUGCAGGGCUGGCAUCCAGUCUUCACUCUUCUUCUUCUUCUUCUGUGGUGUUAUUUUUACUCCCUCUCUCUCCCUGGAGAGAGUCGCUGGGCUGCGGAGGAAGAGAGGGGGGAAAAAAAAGAAAGAGAGGAAAAAAAAACGAGGACGAAGCAGAGAGAGAGAAAGCGAUCGGGUCUUGUUUUAUUUACGGCCAGGCGAAGGAGCAGUGGGAUUGGUCGCUUCGCUUCAACGAAUCGUGUGGCCGCAGUCCGUAGCGAGUAACACACACACACGCACCUGCUCCCAUGAUUGUAACUGUUGUAAUUUUUUUUUUUUUAACCCGUGUCCUCUUUGUGAAAAUAAAAUUUUGUAUAUUUCCAGUCAACACAUUCAGGAGAAAUAAUAAUCUUUUUAUUAAUCUUG